CCCGAUUCGACAAACCCAACUGCAGCGUGCGACGUGUCCAGAUACAUCCCCUCUGUGCCUGCUUCGUCAAACCAACGCCAUUCCAUCAAUCCUCCCUCAUCUUCUCUCUCUCUCUCUCUCUCAACCCUUCGCCGUGUGCAAGCAAAAUUCAUCGAAACCGUUUCAUUUUCGUCCAUCAUCAUCACGCUUCGAUUGGUCUCCGGAAGGUACGCCGUACGCAACGUCGAUUUCAAAUCAUUGGGGAUUAGGGUUUUUGAUUGUAAUUUGAUGGAACACACAAUCACUGGUUACUUUCUCCAUUACUGCAAUCGCUUCUUAGGUCUUGACUCUUGUUGCCGCUCUUCUUGUUGUCACUGUUAGGAUUUGGUAAACAAACUUCAUUUCCACGUUGUCUUGUUACAAAUCAAUGGAUUUGACCCGAGCUCACCAAUCAAACCUAUCGUUAGGGUUUGUACCUCACUCUUCGCAUAGUAAUCAAAUAGCCAACGACACUGUAUCCUUCCAGAUCGAUACGAGUUUUCAAAAUCCUUCCAACCACCUUGUUUCCGGUGUUCCUCUUCAAUUGAUGGAGCAACAGACCACAACCGAGAGCAAAAACGUCGAUUUGAAUGAGAAGCACCAGCAAACGAACACGGGGAGCAUGGAUUUGAAUGAGGAGAGCAAAGAUGGAGGUGAAGACGACGGCGAGAGAGAUGUUGAGGAGUUUCGGAUUUUGGGGCAUUCUAUGUGUUUAAAAAGGCGAAGGGAUAACAAUACCCCCAGCUGCGCCACCACUGAUUCAGCUUCAUCUCAGACGUUGUCAAAACGGUGUCAUACAGAGCAAAACAGGCAUCCUCAAAGUCUUGAGUCGCGUAGACAAGCUGUUCGAGCAUGGGGGAACCAGUCCCUUCAAGCUGCUGACCCUGAUAUAUUUGACAUAUUGGAAAAAGAGAAGCAUAGACAAUACAAAGGGAUUGAACUAAUAGCCUCUGAAAAUUUUGUUUGUAAAGCAGUUAUGGAAGCUUUGGGGAGUCAUGUCACAAACAAGUAUUCUGAAGGCAUGCCAGGAGCUAGAUACUAUACUGGAAACCAAUACAUAGAUGAGAUUGAAACUCUUUGUUGCCAACGAGCUUUAGUUGCAUUUGGUCUUGAUUCAGAGAGCUGGGGAGUAAAUGUUCAACCCUAUUCUUGUACAUCUGCCAAUUUUGCAGUGUAUACUGGUUUGCUGUCGCCUGGUGAUAGAAUUAUGGGGUUGGAUACCCCUUCUGGAGGGAAUACAAGUCAUGGGUACUAUACACCUAAUGGAAAGAAAGUUUCAGGGGCUUCAAUUUUCUUUGAAAGUCUUUCUUACAAGGUUAAUCCACAAACGGGUAUUAUAGAUUUUGAGAAGCUUGAAGAAAGGGCCCUGGAUUUUCGCCCAAAGAUUCUUAUUUGUGGUGGGAGUUCAUAUCCUCGUGAAUGGGAUUAUUCUAAAUUUAGACAGAUUGCUGACAAAUGUGGUGCAGUCUUGAUGUGUGACAUGGCUCAAAUCAGUGGUCUUAUUGCUGCCAAGGAAUGUGCUAGCCCUUUUGAAUUUUGUGACAUUGUGACUUCAACUACUCACAAAAGUCUUAGAGGCCCACGAGGGGGUAUAAUAUUUUACAAAAAAGGUCCAAAACCUAGGAAAAGAGGAAUGCUUCUGAAUCAAGUUGAUGGAAGUGACAAAUAUGAGUUUGAGGAAAAGAUAAAUUUUGCUGUAUGUCCCGCACUUCAAGGUGGGCCCCACAAUAAUCACAUUGCUGCCCUUGCAAUUGCCCUGAAACAAUUAGCCACUCCAGAGUACAAAGAUUACAUGCAACAAGUGAAGAAAAAUGCUCAAGCAUUAGCUUCUGCUUUGUUGAGAAGAAAUUGCAGACUUGUUACUGGAGGCACUGAUAAUCAUUUGUUACUUUGGGAUCUUAGAAAUCUUGGAUUAACAGGUAAAAACUUAGAGAAAGUAUGUGAGAUGUGUCAUAUCACUGUUAACAAAAUUGCCAUAUUUGAUGAUAAUGGGACUCUAAUUCCUGGUGGAGUGAGGAUUGGUACUCCUGCAAUGACAUCACGAGGUUGUUUGGAACCAGAUUUUGAGACAAUGGCAGACUUUCUAUGUAGAGCAGCUCAAAUCACAAGUUCAGUUCAAAGGGAACAUGGAAAAAUGGUGAAAUCUUUCAUCAAAGGACUUGAAAACAACAAAGAUAUUAUCGAUCUUGGAGCUCAAGUUGAGAACUUUGCAAUCCAAUUUGCAAUGCCAGGUCAAGACUUGUAGAAAAAAAAAAUUAUAACUCAGUUUGGUGGCACAAUUUCCUGCAUAUUUUUUAGUUUAAUGUUGCGUGGAAGAAAAAAAAAACAAAAAAGAAAAAUGAAAAGUUCAUGAGUAAGUAACAUACAGCUGGGCUAGUAGGCUGGCAUAUAUGAAUAUGAUAUAUAUAUUUUUUGAUUUUGACUUUUGAUAAAAUGGGAGAUAUAAUAUUGAAUAGCAUAUUUUUUGGUAUAUUAUUGUGUUC